UUUUCUUUUUUUGUCAGUCAGGUAAUACACUGUCCCCAUUUUGAACCAAAAACAUUUAUUCCCCUUCAGGGAAUAUGGAUUAUGAUUUCAAGUGCCGUACAGCCUCUAUGAGGGCUAAGGUUGAGGAUCUUUUUGACUAUGAGGGGUGCAAGGUAGGCCGAGGGACCUAUGGUCAUGUGUACAAAGCAAAGAGAAAGGAUGGGUCAGAUCCAAAGGAGUAUGCUUUGAAACAAAUUGAGGGAACAGGCUUGUCCAUGUCUGCAUGCAGAGAAAUCGCAUUACUUAGGGAGCUGAAGCACCAGAAUGUGAUUAAUCUUCAGAGAGUCUUCCUGUCUCAUGUGGACCGCAAAGUGUGGCUUCUGUUUGACUAUGCUGAGCAUGAUCUCUGGCACAUCAUCAAAUUCCAUCGGGCCCAGAAGGCUAACAAGAAGCCAGUGAUGGUUCCCAAGGGUAUGGUAAAAUCCCUGCUGUACCAGAUCUUGGCUGGGAUUCACUAUCUUCAUUCCAACUGGGUUCUCCAUCGUGAUCUGAAACCAGCCAACAUUUUGGUGAUGGGAGAAGGAACUGAGAGAGGACGAGUGAAGAUAGCCGAUAUGGGAUUUGCUCGCCUCUUCAAUUCUCCUUUGAAGCCUCUGGCUGAUCUAGACCCUGUAGUAGUGACCUUCUGGUAUCGAGCUCCUGAGUUACUUCUUGGUGCUCGACACUACACCAAAGCCAUCGAUAUCUGGGCCAUUGGUUGCAUUUUUGCAGAACUGCUAACCAGUGAACCAAUCUUUCACUGUCGUCAAGAGGACAUCAAGACUUCAAACCCUUAUCAUCAUGACCAAUUGGACCGUAUCUUUUCAGUGAUGGGCUUUCCUAUUGAGAGGGACUGGGAAGACAUCAAAAAGAUGCCUGAACAUCCCACACUUAUGAAGGACUUCAAGAAGUCAAGCUAUCAAAGUUGCUCCCUUGUGAAAUAUAUGGAUCGGCACAAGAUCAAGCCAGAUAGCAGAGCAUUUCAUCUGCUCCAGAAGCUUCUAAUGAUGGAUCCAAACAAGCGGAUCACAUCAGAGCAAGCUAUGCAGGACUCUUACUUCAAGGAGGAGCCCUUUCCAACUGAUGAGUGA